AAUGAAUCCCUAAGACCUUCUUCGUUUUCUGUUUUGAUUUCCUCUCUCUUGUUCUCCCUCUCUCUCUCUCUCUAUUGAUUUUUUUGUUUCAAGAUUUUAUUUAAUUCUGUUUUGGGAAGUCUGUAAUGUGUUCUCCUUCGUUUUGCUGGAGAGUAUAUAUUCUGCAGGUUUCAUAAAGUUAGGAUUUUUGCAAUUCAAAAAAAAAAAAAAAAAGAUUAUUGUUGUCUAGGUUAAUAUUAUUGGUGUUUACUUAAUUUGGAUAGAUUGGAAGAAGCUUUUGAUGGCUUCAAUUGAAGAAUUUGUUGUUCUUCAGGUUCAUGCACAGUACUAGGAAUCUAUCACUUCAAUAGUUAAUAAUUAAUUUCGAAUUUGUUCAGAUAGUGAAUUCUUGCAAAACCCUCAUCUUCCUUGGUUAUUAUCAUUGAAUAAAUGGGGGUUUUUGUUUAUUAGGACAAGGGAAGAUGAUCCUCGAAUUCUUCUAGUGAUGAUCAUUUAAUGGAGUCGAACAAGCAGCUGUGGUGAUGUAUUCAACAUAAUUAGAAAAUUCAUACAUUCGAAGAAGUGGGAUUCUUUUAUUGUCGAUCUGGUUAAGGUUGCAAUGAAUAAGAACACGACUACGAGUCAGCCUGGAUCCGUCAGCAGCUCUGAUCUCAUCGAUGCCAAGCUUGAAGAGCAUCAAUUAUGUGGUUCCAAACAGUGCCCUUGCUGCGGACACAAGCUCGAAGGAAAACCGGAUUGGGUGGGUCUGCCGGCGGGGGUGAAGUUUGAUCCGACAGACCAGGAACUGAUCGAACAUCUGGAGGCGAAGGUGGAAGGGAAGGAAUCGAAAUCUCAUCCGUUGAUCGACGAGUUCAUCCCUACAAUCGACGGCGAGGAUGGGAUUUGCUACACGCAUCCAGAAAGGCUUCCAGGAGUGACGAGAGAUGGAUUGAGCAGACACUUUUUCCACAGGCCGUCGAAGGCGUACACUACGGGGACGAGGAAGAGGAGGAAGAUUCAGACCGAAUGUGACCAGCAGCAAGCUUCCGGCGGCGGCGGCGGCGGUGGCGGAGGGGGAGGAGGAGGAGGAGAGACGCGGUGGCACAAAACAGGCAAAACCAGGCCUGUAAUGGUGAACGGGAAGCAGAAAGGGUGUAAGAAAAUUCUGGUACUGUACACCAAUUUUGGUAAGAAUCGGAAGCCGGAGAAGACGAAUUGGGUGAUGCAUCAGUACCAUUUGGGACAGCACGAGGAGGAGAAGGAAGGUGAGCUCGUCGUCUCCAAAAUAUUUUAUCAGACACAGCCACGGCAGUGCAAUUGGUCGGAAAAAACCGGCGCUGCAAUUAGCCCCGCCGGAGAAGGAAGCAUCAGAUCGGAAAAUCGCGCCGCCGGCGCCGGAGGAAGCUGUUCAUCUUCUUCCAAGGAAAUAAUCCUCCCCGGAGAUGAAUUCUCCGGCAAUCCCGCCGCCGCCGCUGUUGCAGUUAAUAUUUCCGGCGUUGGUGGAGCUCCGGCGAUUCCGAGCUACGGCGCCGCCAUUGAUCAUUUUGGGUUUCUGCCCUUCAGAAAACCCUUUGACGAGCAGCAAGGAGCUGGGGGUGGGAAUAUUGGGGAUGCUUCAAUGGCAAGGGAAGUCGUCGGCACGUGCGAGGAGCGUGACAUGGGACAGCAGCAGCAGCACGUGAGGCACGAGGCUCAUCACCACCACCAUCGUCAUCAUCACCACCAUCAACAGCAACUUGCAGCAGCAGCAGCUGCUGCAUAUCACAUAAGCAGACCUUCACACUCGAUUUCGACGAUAAUCUCAGCUCCAAUGCCUCUCCAUCAAACCUCCAUUAACAUCCUCCAUCAAGACCACCCUUCACCUGCACCCACCUUCCAUGUCCCCAGAAUCAUCCUCCCCGCAGAGACCUUCCAGCAGCAGCAGCAGCAACAUGAUCAUCAUAAACUAGGAGGGAGGUCUGCAUCAGGAUUGGAGGAACUCAUCAUGGGAUGCACCUCAACUGACAUCAAAGAGGAAUCAGCAAUGGCAAACACACAGGAGGCAGAAUGGUUGAAGUAUUCCAGCUUCUGGCCAGAUCCUGACAACCAGGAUCAUCAUGGAUGAUGAUUAUAUAUAUAUACAUAUUAUAUAUAUAUUUAUUUAUAGCAAAUUUCAAAAGUGGUGAUUUACAGAGCAUGCCAAAAAGAUACAUCCAUGGAUGGAGUAAGAGAGUGCAACCAAAACAUAUAGAUACA